AUGUCGAAUAACGACGAGACAGCUUUCAGAGCAUCACUAUCUCAAUUUCGAUGGGCACGAGGCAACAAUGAUGAUUCGCAGCAGACACAGACGGACAGCGCCAAACCCGAAUCCAUUCAGCAGAAUGUACAACUCGAUGAGCUCAUAUGUGCCGCUGAGGAACUGCUAGGGUUUGGAGCAUGUCUCCUCGGUGCAGCUACGUGCUUCUUUGUUGCGUUCCUCACCCUCCCGUGGUUAGCCCUGAAGCCGGGAAAGUUUGCUCUCGCUCUUGGAUCCCUUCUCAUGGUGUCGCUCUCUCGCACGCCUGCAAGUACGGCUACUCACAUCCCCGUAGGUUCUGUUCUGAUCGGACCCGUCAACCAAAUUAAACAUCUCUUCCAAAGACCGUCUGCCCUUCUCGGCGGCUUACUUUGGCUCGCUCGACCGUCUGCCCUUCUCGGCGGCUUACUUUGGCUCGCUCUCACUCUGUACUUUUCCCUUGGGUCUCCGUCCUACUUCGGAGCACUCAUAUCCGCGAUCGUUCAAAUCAUUGCCCUAUUGUCGUACAUUGCAGCCUAUUUCCCUGGUGGGACCCAGACGCUUCGCUUUGGAGGACAGAUGGCCCUGCACCAACCACGAGACCGCCCGGCUCGGUCCAAGUUCCGCGCCGUUAAAAAUCCCCGCACUCGUGAUCCACCUUAUCCUCGACCAAACCCCUUCUACACACAAAAAAUGCUGCGAAACCUACCCAAGAACCGUGCACUCGCGUCAUUGCCUCUGCGCCGAGUUUCAACUCUAUCCGCCCCACGAAAGGCCGCUGAAGAGAUUUCACGAGAUUGGAAAGAGACGACGGCCGAUGAAUUCAAUGCAGCAGUCGAUGCCGCAUCACAGGCGUUCAAAACAUGGAGCAAGACCAGCAUACUCACCCGUCAACGUGCAGUCAUGGAACUCCAGCAUCUCGUUCGGAAACACGCACCAUCAAUCGCUCAAAGCAUUGUUCUAGAGCAAGGAAAAACGUUUGGUUCGAUCAAAACAGGCGAUGUAACUCGUGGUCUCCAGGUGGUCGAAUCUGCAUGUGCGAUUACGUCCAACUUGCUCGGAGAAAAGCUCGAAGUUAGCAAAGAUAUGGAUACAGAAACCAGGAGAUUACCACUGGGCGUGUGCGCCAGCGUGGCGCCAUUCAACUUUCCUGCCAUGAUCCCACUCUGGACCAUCCCUAUGGCUGUCGCGACUGGAAAUACCCUCGUGUUAAAACCUUCGGAACGAGAUCCUGGUGCGGCCAUGAUCAUCGCUGAGCUUUGCGAGCGAGCUGGAAUCCCGCCUGGUGUUUUGAACGUUGUCCAUGGAACAGUUCCGACAGUCAACGCUAUCUGCGACCAUCCUGCGAUCAAGGCAAUUAGCUUUGUCGGCGGUGACAAGGCCGGCAGGCAUAUCUUCGAACGAGGGACGAUGAAUGGAAAGCGAGUGCAGUCUAAUCUCGGAGCCAAGAAUCAUGGCGUUAUUCUUCCAGAUGGUAUGGGCGUUGUUAUUUUCCCUUUCAGAGUUUCUAAAUCUCUGCUUCAGCAAAAUAAGAAUCUUGCUCUCAAUUCCAUUAUUGGUGCGGCGUUUGGCGCUGCCGGUCAACGUUGCAUGGCCCUUUCUGUUGCCGUCUUCGUGGGGACGGCCCAGUCUUGGCUUCCGGAGCUCGUCGAGAGGGCUGAGAAACUCAAAGUCAACGGUGGCUUUGAACCGGCGGUCCCGCUCAUUUCGCCCCAUGCCAAAUCUCGUGUCGAGUCGAUCAUCGCAUCAGUUACCGAGGAAGGUGGAAAGAUCCUCCUCGAUGGACGAGGCAUCAAGGUCUCAGGAUACGAAAACGGAAACUUUGUUGGGCCAACCGUUGUUGAAGCUGUAAGAGACAUGCGGGCAUACAAAGCAGACACUUUAGAUGAUGCCCUCGCAAUUGUUAAUGCCAAUAAGUACGGCAACGGUGCUGCGAUAUUUACACAAUCCGGUGCCUCGGCAAGGAAGUUUGAGACCGAAGUUGUCGGCCAAGAGGAUACACUGGCUAUUGUGCGCCAAAAGUUGGGCCGUCCACUCACACUCUCUGAGAAGAUCUUGUACGGUCAUUUGGACGAUCCUGUAAACCAGGACAUCUCCCGAGGAAUCAUUCUCGAGAACUAUGCCUUCCCUGGUGGUCUUGUGAUUGGUACCGACUCGCAUACUCCCAACGCGGGUGGUCUCGGUAUGAUCGCGUGCGGUGUCGGUGGUGCCGGUGCUGUAGACGUGAUGGCAGGUGUUCCAUGGGAGCUCAAAUGCCCUAAGGUCAUUGGGCGUCAACUUGACUGGCAAGAUUGGCGGAUGGACUACUCCCAAAGAAUCCUUACGGUGAAGGGUGGAACUGGCGCAAUUGUGGAGUACACCGGACCGGGCGUCGCGUCCUUAUCGUGUGCAGGCAUGGCUACCAUCUGCAACAUGGGUGCUGAAAUUGGCGCAACUAGCUCAAUUUUCCCUUAUAACGAACGUAUGGGCAACUAUCUUUGGGCAACCAAGCGCGGGGAUAUUGCCGAAUACGCCAAGUCAUUCCAGCACAACCUCAGGCCUGAUAAAGGUGUCGAGUACGACCGGCGCAUUGAAAUCAAUCUGACUGAGCUCGAGCCACACAUCAAUGGCCCGUUCACUCCCGAUCUUGCAAUCCCCAUCUCACAGUUUGCCAGGCAAUCAAGAAAAAUAACUGGCCUACUGAGCUCAAGGUAG